GCCGUGCUCUUGUGCGUUGUGUCAUGUCCCUGCUUCGUCUGCCAUGCCCCUGCGCGUUUAAAGCUUAAAGUUUAAAGACGGGGCCUUGAAGGCGCUGGGGCGUGCACAACAAAUUACGGGCAGGGCCAGGCGGGACAGAACUCCCGAGAGAAGCCGAGCCCCAAAGAGCACUGGGGGCUACGCGAGCCCACUCACACAAGAGCAACAAGCGCGAGCGUCACCGAUGCCACCUCUCACUCACUCACUGAGGCGCAUCACCUGGGCCGCCUCCAGCAGCCGAAAGCCCUCGGCGAUGUCGCCACGCUGGAGGGCCUCCCUCGCCAGCAUAGCGGCGCCGAGAAUGAGCUGCUGGGCCUCCGUCGGGGCCUCCGCCGCCGCCGAAACCUCGGGCACCUCCUGCUGGGUGAUCUCUUCGAGGACAGCAGCCCAGCGCACACCCUUCGAGGCCCCCUUAGGCGCCUCCAGCAGCGCCUCGGCGCCACACGCCCUCGGCGCCAGCGCGGGCGGCUUGCUCCUGCCAGCGCCAUUCGCCUCGAGCGCAGGCUCGCUUUCGUCCUGGUCCACCGUCUGCGUGCCCACCUACACGGACAGCUCCCCGAUGAACCCCCCGACCUCCAGGUCCAGCACGUCUCCAAAGCACAAGUCCGAGAUCUGUACCUCCGGUUUCCCAGCCUUGCUGUCUGGGGCGCACGCGCUGGCCUGCUCCGUCGGCUCCCCCAGCUGCUUCGCCACAAGCAUAAGCAAGGACUUCUCCUUCAGCUCGUCCGUGGCCUUGCAAUUUGGGGCGUACUCGAUGUCCUUCAUCUCCACUUGCUCGCUCACCUUGGUUUUGCGGCCGCCGCGCUGGCUGCCUCCGCUUGGCCUCGCGGCCAGUUUGCGGCAGGCCGUCGGCACCACACCCCAUGUCGACGUGUAGGCCAGAAUUGCGCAUGGCCCUCAUGCCACCGCUGAUCACGGCGUUCCCGGUGGGCCCGGCCUUGACCAGCUGGGUGAACGCUGGCACCACCAUGGCCAGCCUGGCAGCGACCUCCUCCUGCACGCCGUCGGCGCCGACGUAAGAAGAGCGGAUCGCGGCCGACACCAUUGCUGCACCAACCUGGCGCGUAGCGCCGCCCGCGGCCGCACCGAGCGCCGCGGCCAGGACGUUCGCAGCGCCAGGCUGUGCACCCACGAUACCCGCCAAGGCCUGGCAGGUAGCGACUGUCGCCAUGCUCUCAAACGCCUGUCGCGAGUACGAGAACCGAUACCGCGCGAAACACAGAGCCAGCUUGAG